AUGUCGGCAAACCAGCCCCCGGCGCAGGCCACGGACGCUGUCCUGGUGCCGUCGAUGGAGAUGCCAAAGGGUGCCCAAAAGGUCGAGGAACUGGACUUCAACAAAUUUGCCGACAAAACCAUCACUGCCGAGGACUUGCUCCAGGGUAUGAAGCACAUGGGUUUCCAGGCAUCAUCUGUCGCUGAGGCCGUCCGCAUCAUCAACGAAAUGAGGGCGUGGCGCGACCCUGAGACUGGAGAUAAGACUACCAUUUUCCUAGGCUACACGUCGAAUAUGAUCUCUUCCGGGCUCCGGGGCAUAUUCCGCUGGUUGGUGGAGCAUAAGCAUGUCUCUGCCGUUGUCACCACUGCUGGGGGUAUUGAAGAGGACUUCAUCAAGUGCCUAGGUGACACCUACAUGUCCACCUACAGUGCUGCCGGUGCCGACUUGCGCUCCAAAGGUUUGAAUCGGAUAGGCAACCUGGUUGUGCCCAACUCAAACUACUGCCUCUUUGAGGACUGGGUGGUGCCCAUCCUCGACAAGAUGCUGGAGGAGCAAGAGGCAAGCAGAGGAACCGAGAACGAGAUCAGCUGGACGCCGUCCAAGGUGAUCCAUCGGCUAGGAAAGGAGAUCAACGAUGAACGCUCGGUGUAUUACUGGGCAUACAAGAACGAUAUCCCCGUCUUCUGUCCUGCCCUGACAGACGGAAGCCUCGGCGAUAUGUUGUACUUCCACACUUUCAAGGCCUCUCCGCAGCAGCUCAAGAUCGAUAUCGUGGAAGACAUCCGGAAGAUCAACACAAUAUCGGUGCGAGCCAAGCGCGCGGGCAUGAUCAUCCUUGGAGGCGGUGUCGUCAAACACCACAUUGCCAACGCUUGCCUUAUGCGAAACGGAGCCGAGUCUGCAGUCUACAUAAACACUGCGCAGGAGUUUGAUGGCAGCGAUGCCGGCGCGAGACCCGAUGAAGCUGUUUCCUGGGGCAAAAUCAAAGUCGGCGCCGAUUCCGUCAAGGUCAGUACCAAAGGAUAA